GAAACCAGACGACAACAAAAAGCGCACGAGACAUCACAGACGGCAGGAAGCUUCUCUUGUUGUGUUUAAAGAUUUACUGCAGCUCUACCAUGCCCGUGGCCUCCACCAGGACAGAGCCUGUGCCCCAAGUGUUGGACGCAAUGAGCGACAGCACGGCCAGCUCCACCACAGCCAAUGACCUGGACCUCAUUUACCUCAAAGGCAUCAUGGAAAGCCCUCUGGAGCAAGAGGAGAGCCUGAAGGAGCCACGGUUGUCACCUGUGAGGGAGAAUAAUGUGGAGCUCCUGCAGGAGAUCCUGAGAGACCUGGACCCAUUUACCAAUCGUUCUGACACCGCAGCCGAGCUUGCUCGCAUUCUCACGCAGCCUCACUUCCAGUCUCUGCUGGAGACACAUGAUUCAGUGGCAGCUCAAGCGUGUGAAAGUCCACCUCCCAGCCCAUGUGACUUUGUGGAUCAUGAACCAGAAGACAGCCAAGCACACAACCACCUUCCACCUGAUGCCAUCCGCAUGGUGGGCAUACGCAAAAUAGCCGGGGAGCAUCUGGGUGUGACAUUCAAGGUGGAGGGUGGGGAGCUUGUGAUAGCGCGUAUUCUUCAUGGUGGGAUGAUAGACCAACAAGGACUGCUGCACGUCGGCGAUAUCAUCAAAGAGGUGAAUGGACGAGAAGUGGGCAGGGACCCCAGGGUUUUACAGGAAGAGCUGCAAGCAGCUAGUGGAAUUGUGGUUCUGAAGAUACUGCCAAGUUAUCAUGAAUCCAUACCACCUGUACAGGUAUUCUUUAAGUGUCACUAUGAUUAUGACCCAGCCAACGACAACCUGAUUCCUUGCAAGGAGGCGGGGUUAAGGUUUGAGACCGGGGAUAUCCUGCAAAUAGUCAAUCAGGAUGAUGUCAACUGGUGGCAGGCACGUCAUGUGGAAGGUGGGAGUGCUGGGUUGAUCCCUAGUCAGAUGCUUGAGGAAAAAAGGAAAGCUUUUGUCAAGAGAGAUGUGGAGCUGGCACCUGCAGGAAAUCUUUGUACUGGUGUUGGAGGAAAGAAGAAGAAGAAGAUGAUGUAUGUGACCACCAAAAAUGCAGAGUUUGACAGACAUGAGAUACUGCUCUAUGAGGAAGUGGCCAAGGUCCCACCUUUCAAGAGGAAAACUCUGAUUCUGAUUGGUGCUCAAGGUGUGGGGAGGCGGAGACUAAAGAAUAAGCUUCUACUGAGGGAUCCACAGCUCUUUGGGACCAUAAUUCCAUACACCUCCAGAAAACCCAAAAAGGGAGAGCGAGAGAGUCGGAUGUUUGCUUUCAUUACCCGCAGCAAAAUGGAAACAGACAUCAAGAACGGACGCUAUCUAGAACAUGGAGAGUAUGAGGGCAACCUGUACGGCUUGAAGAUCGACUCCAUACAUGAGGUGGUGGAGGCAGGGCGGGUCUGCAUACUGGACGCCAACCCUCAGUCUCUCAAAGUUCUGCGGACCUCUGAGUUCUUGCCCUACAUCGUGUUCCUUCAAGCUCCAGAGUUCGAGGUGCUCAAGGCAAUAAAUCAGUCAGCUGUAGAGGCAGGGGUGGUCACCAAGACGCUGAUGGAUGAAGAGCUGCAGAGGACGUGUGACGAGAGUGCUAAAAUCCAGACAGCUUAUGGUCACUACUUUGACCUCAGCAUUGUCAACGACAACCUAGAUGAGACAUACCGCACCGUCAAAGCAGCGCUGGAAACGGUUUCUAAAAACCCCCAGUGGGUCCCGGUCACCUGGGUGUUCUAGAAAGAGACAUGUGCUGGACUGAGGAGGGAGGGAACAAGAAAGGAAGCUGGCACUGAAAAUAUUCCACUGAGUAUAAGUGAUGGGUAAUAACUUUACAGGAUAAAUUCUCAAAUUUCCAUAAUUUAAACAGGAUAUAUUUUCAGUGCUGCAAAGAAAGCAUGGAAUUGAAGAAGGAAAGAGAUGAACAAGGAGGUGGAAAAAACCCUUCAUUUCAAAAAGUGUGCAUAUGCAUGUGUGUUCCUGUUUACAUAGAGACUUCAGAGCAAAGACUUUGUGCCAUUACUGAUGAUUAUCAUCAGACAUUGUCAUUGUUUACAUUUUUUGCAUUUAAUCAGAGCCAUCUCAGUGCAACUCAGUGCCAUCAGGAACAAGCAAGCUCCAUCUGUCACUUUUGUAAGUGUACAGUUUCUCAUCAUUAAUUUAAAAAUAGUUUCCCACUGCCUUCUACAGUAAAUGUGGAUGUUUUGCAUAAAGGUUAAGUUGUAUAAGGCUUCCUAUCAAUCCCCUCAUACCCAUGGGUAAAGCUUUUUUUAGGUUAAGUCUGGUGAGGCCGUCAUAAUCUUUAAAAAAUGUCUCUUGUUCUGGAGUUGGUUGAAAAGUGAAAGGACAUCUCUUUCAGGCUUUUAAAAAGAUUUCAUUUGAACCUUUAUUGGUUAGAGACACUAAUCACUGAGCAAUAGCAUCUAAAUGGUACAUGACCAUCAGUGGCAAUAAUUGAUUAAAUUUGUUUGAAAAGUCAAAGUUAACAUGACAUCUAGACCAGGGGUCUCAAACUCAAGUCCUGAGGGCCGGUGUUCUGAAACUUUUCCAUGUGUACCUGUUGCAACACAACUGAAUACAAUUAGUAGGUCAUUAGCAAGAGUGUAGAACUUGACUGCA